GCUGAAGGGUUGUUGUGUGUUUUUUGGCUCUAUGUAUCGUGCAAAAUUGUUUCUUCUUUUUGCGGUUAACGGGGGUGAAUAAACAAUAAAUUACUACAAAAAUCGAAGAAAUUAACAAUUUGUGUAAUUUAUAAAAUUUUGCAUAAAGUAAAAGUGUGGUGUGCGGUACAACUACUGAUUGUGUGCAGAAUGGCCUGGCUUUUUUCGCAAGCGGCUGAUUAGUUUGUGAAGUGUUUGUUGUUGGUGCUUUGUGCAGUGUUGUUGCGCUUGAUGUUGACGCUCAGCGCUUGGGGUAUAUUGAUUAAAAACGACCAAACACGGAUAAUGAAAACCAACAUUUGUGUUUAUUGAAAUGCCAUUUCAUACCAUCUAACGCAGUGGAAAAUAUCAGUCAACUAGAGAUAAUCCGAACGACAGGAAAAAUGUUGCGGUAGCUGAUGUUGAUUUUCAUUUGAGUUCGAUAGUCCGAAGCUAAACGAAAUUGGAAACACAACUACAACAACGCAGCAAUAAAUGUCAAUUGAACAAACGACAAGCCGCCAACCUAGAAUAGCCAACAGCAUUGCAAAUAUCCAGCAGCUAAAUUAGUUUUAAAACAACGUAACGACGUGGCUGCCAAUGAAAUUGGGGAAAAACUCACACCCUCUGGACGGAGGCGAACAAUAAAUGUUUUAUGCAACUGAACAACUGAACUACUGAAAUCGAAAAUCGAAUGCCAAUCAACCUAACACAACAACAACAAUUACAAAAUCAACGAACUCGAAUAAUAUCGUGUUAACUAACAAAUGAACAAUGCUUGUAGAUUUACAUACUUACAUAAAUGAGUACUUAGAUAUUUGUACAAGCGAAAGCGUGUGUGUGUGUGCUUGUAUUUGAAUCGAAAUAAGCAGAGCAGUCUAAGCAAUUAUGUAUGUACGUCAGCGGAACUGUGCUGAUUUAAAGUGAGCUUCACUGGCUGGCAAACCACGGAACUGCUCUGGAGCAACAACAAUUGACUAUGCUUAGUACUACUACUAUUGCUGCUGCUGCCGCUCCAGUACACUUAAUAGCCGGGCAUCGAAUGCAAUCGAAUUAAAUUGCGGAAAUAAUUUGAAAAAUAGAUAAUAAGUAAGCAAGAACCAAAAUUACAAAACGCAAAAACAAAAAUAACGAAUAUACAAAUAUAUAAUAAACCACCUUUCAUUACGCGCUGCUGCGAAGCGAGCAAGCGAGCGACCGAGCGAAGGACAAACUGUUGAUUGCGCUUGCAACAAAGCAAGCUUUUCUCCUCGCCCAUCCUCACUGCGCUCAGCAAUUGACAAGCGCUGUCACGCAAAAUGACAUUCAAAUUAUUUCGACGCGGCUCGGCGCGCUGUUUCGGUCUGCUGUCCGCAUUUGUCACGAUCUUACUCUGCCUUUACUACAUUUCCAUGGGCCAACAACAACAAGAAACGCUUCAGCAGGGCAAAGACACGACUGCCGCGCUAAGUAGCGGCUUUGGCGGUGUAAUGACGACCAGUUUGAAUUCACCGUUGCAACAAUUGUUUAAAGCCAAUAUGCAUAAUGCUAAAGUUAAGAAUUUGCAUGGUGUAAAUGAAGAGAAGCAUGGCGUACAGAGUACGAGUGGCAGUGGCGCCACCACGAGUGGCAGUGGCGCCACCACAGCGCAGCAGUCGUCAGCCACAACAGUAUUAGAUGGUGGUGGUGGUGGUGGUGUCGGCGGCAACAUUGAUGUGAACGAUGGCAUCGACAUGGCCGUCAAUGGCGCGCCCACCAAGAACCCUGAUUGGGGUGAUAUUUGCUAUGUGAUGGAUGAGAGUGACACGAAUAUCACUACGAAUGAGGAGUACGGGAAAUUUGAUUUCCAGCCUGAAUGGAUUCACACAAAAGAGUAUUGGGAUCGCGGCUUUGAAGAACGCUUUGAGGCACAAAAGAAAGAUUACAAACGGCCGCCAUUGAAGAUUUUCGUGGUACCACACUCGCACAACGAUCCCGGCUGGCUAAAGACAUUCGUUAAUUAUUUCCAAUCGGAUUCGCGGCAGAUACUCAAUUUGGUCGUGACAAAAAUGCAAGAAUACACCGAUAUGACGUUCAUCUGGUCCGAAAUUAGUUUCCUACAACUGUGGUGGGAUCAGGCGCACCCAACAAAACAGCGCGCUUUGAAAAAACUAAUCAAAUCGGGUCGUUUUGAAAUCACUACCGGCGGUUGGGUUAUGACUGACGAGGCGAAUGUGCAUCUUUAUGCCAUGUUGGAUCAACUCAUCGAAGGGCAUCAGUGGUUGCGCAACAAUCUCAAUGUCACACCAACCGUUGGCUGGUCGAUCGAUCCCUUCGGUCAUGGCAGCACUGUACCAUAUCUGCUGUCGGGCAGUAAUUUCGAAGGCGCUAUCAUACAACGUAUUCACUACGCCUGGAAGCAAUGGUUUGCGCGCCAACAAAAGGGUGAUUUCAUAUGGGCUCCAUACUGGCAGCAACGCGGCAAAGCGCCAACACAACAUGGCAAGCUACUAACACACAAUAUGCCUUUUGACAUAUAUUCGAUUAAGGGCUCAUGCGGUCCACAUCCGUUCAUAUGCCUGAAUUUCGAUUUCCGUAAAAUACCAGGCGAAUAUACAGAGUAUUCGGUGAAGGCGCAAUUUAUAACCGAUGAUAAUGUAGAAUCCAAAGCGCAAAUCUUGUUGGAGCAAUACUCGCGCACAGCCUCAUUGUUUCCCCACAACGUGGCGCUCAUACCGGUUGGUGAUGAUUUCCGCUAUAAUAAGGAGCGUGAAGUGGAUCAGCAAUAUACGAAUUAUAAAAAAUUAAUCGAUCACAUAAUGGCCAAUAAGCGACUGUAUAAUGUGGACAUUUCUUUUGGCACACCACGCGACUACUUCAACGAGAUACGUCGCCGCACCACCUCCUUCCCGACACUCAAAGGCGAUUUUUUCGUCUAUUCAGAUAUCUUUUCAGAGGGUCGCCCCGCCUACUGGUCUGGCUACUACACCACACGCCCAUUUUACAAGUUGCUUAGCGCUGACUUAGAGCACAACCUACGCGCAGCCGAGAUACUUUUCACUAUCGCUUACAAUACUGCACGUCAGGAGCACCAUGUCAACGCUAUAAAGAUCUUCGAGAAGAACUAUGAAAAAAUGAUACAUGCGCGUCGCAAUCUGGGUCUGUUCCAACAUCAUGAUGCCAUCACAGGCACUUCAAAGGCGGCAGUAAUGCGCGAUUACGGUAUGCGCUUGUUCGAAAGCAUACAGGAUGCGGUGAAAAUGCAGGAAUCCACUAUUGAAAUGCUCUUGCAAGAUGGCAGUGAGCGACACAAUUUCCUCUUGAGCGAGCUGGAGCGUGACAAUUUCAGUAAAUUGGCGCGAAAGACACCAAUACCUUUGAGUGGCAAUGGUAUUGUUGAUGAGUUUGAAGAUUUGAAUUCGAAUGCUGGCACCGCUUCUUUUGUGAUCUUCAACUCUUUGGCACAAAAACGUUUAGAGGUGAUAACCCUACGAUCGCCAGUGCCGAAUGUUAAGGUGUUGAAUGAACGUGGCGAGGAAAUGCGCUUAAUGCAAAUUAAUCCAGUUUGGAAUAUAACAGAUGCCUAUGAAAUGGGACUGGGUGCUGGUGUGGGUGCCAAUAGUGGCAUGGGACGCAUACGGGUCUCCACGCGCCAAUAUGAGGUGAUGUUCAUUGCUGAAUUGGAUGCCCUCACCCUGGCGACAUAUAGUCUUGUGGUGGUGGAUGAAAAGAAUUUUAGUCGUCCAACCAUGGCUACAAUUUAUUGCGAUGGUUGUACUGAUGCGUCAGCGCCAACGGCACCAAAUGCUAGCACAGAUUUUGUGAUCAGAGCAAAACCAUCAGGUGAUAUACAACUGGAAAACAAUUUCAUGCGCUUGCUCUUCGACGAAAAGAGCGGUUUUCUCAAGACCAUAACACGCAAGAGCCAAAACGAGCAAGCUCUACGUCCCAUGCAGUGCGCUAUAAAGUUUGCCGCCUAUCGCAGCGCACAAUUCCACUCGGGUGCCUACCUUUUCAAGACCGAUCCCGAACAAAACGAAGCCGAAAAGGAUGUGCUCGAUCAGUAUGAGGAUGUGCGUAUUAUUAUCUCUUCAGGACCCAUCGCUAGUGAUGUUACUGUUAUCUAUGGCCCCUUUUUGGCGCAUACUGUGCGUAUUUUCAAUACCCAUACCCACCUCGAUGCAGCCAUGUACAUAGAGAACGAUAUAGAUUUCGAGCCACCACCGAAGAAUCGUGAAACAGAGCUUUUCAUGCGUUUCGUCACUGACGUGGAUAACAUUAUAACAGUGAAACGUGACGAUGUGCUUAAAGAGGCGGAUACUGUAGCCGAAUUACCGGUGUUUUAUAGCGAUCAAAAUGGUUUCCAAUAUCACAAACGCAUCAAAGUGCCCACAAUUGGCAUUGAGGGCAACUAUUUUCCCAUCACGAGUGGCGCUUUCAUUCAGGACUCGCACGUACGUUUCACAUUGCUGACCACACAUGCACAAGGCGCUGCCUCCUAUGAACCUGGUCAACUGGAAGUAAUGCUCGAUCGUCGCACACUCUACGACGAUUAUCGUGGCAUGGGCGAAGGUAUAGUCGACAGCCGUCUGACACGUCACAAAUUCUGGGUACUCAUCGAAGAUAUUCCAACGAAAAAUGAAAACUCCUACCAAAUACCCAGUCUACUGGCCAAUCAACUCGCAAAUGGGCUACGCUAUCCACCGAACUUAUACUAUGUCGAGACAUUCGAUGCACCAGCAGUGCAACUAAAGCCGAAGGCAACACUGCUUGAUCACGGCGCACUGCCAUGUGAUUUGCAUCUGUUGAAUUUGCGUACGCUCUCCGAAGAACAAUUACAGCUCUUCCCAUCCGCCUCAGCGUUAAUGGUGUUGCAGCGACAGGGCUAUGAUUGUGCAGUCGGGCAGAACAUCGAUAUAACACGCGUUUGUGCUGCAUCUGCGAACGGUCUGGGGCAGAUGGGUUUCAAUAGAUUGCACAUUGUGCGAUUGGAGACAACAAGUUUGACCGGCUUGUUGCGCGAAGGUGAACGUAAACGGUUGAACUCGUUCGCCGAGAUAACAUUGAAUCCAAUGGAGCUGCGUACUUUUAAUGUGACAUUCAAAAUUUGAAUUACGAAUUAGUUGUUAGUUCGAUACAAAGUUUGAGUUGUUUUAUAGUUUUUUUUGCGUAUGUAUGCAUGUGUAUAUAUGUUUUGUCUCGAUGUCAACGAGUAUUUGUUGCCCAGUAGAGCCUAGGAUCGUUGUUCGAGUAUUUUCAGCAUACUCCCUUACGAGUAUAUGAUUACUUGUUCCACAUAUAUUGCUCCAUAUACUUUGCUGUAUAAGUGUUUGGUUUUGUAUAAGUCGUACCCUCAUGGGGCAUAGUCAUGCAGAAAAACUCCAGUUUAGCUCAUAAAUGAACAAAGAAGAAGUAAACAACCAUCGUGCAACCAUCUGAACCAGCAUUGAAGCAGUGUUCUUAGAGAUUUUGCGAGUUAUUAAAAAUCUGAAAGCAGAAUACACAAUUGAUUAACGCGUUUUUCUGGUAUGGAAAGUCUGUACUUAGAAAAAACGCGUAGAAAUAACCAAAUUUUAAUAAAAAUUUACUUAUUCGUUCUAAUUGUUUUAUCGAAUUUUCAUGGUUUAUAAAAUGGUAUUCGAAUUCAGUUGCUUGGUUUAAUUCCAGUCGCAGUAGAUGCGACGAAAGUUGAAAAGUUGAGGUUGAGCUACCGCACUCGUUCUCACUUUGAACUUCAUUUUUGGUAUUCAGAUCUAAACCAUGCAGAAACGUAUAAAUAUGAAAAUUUCUCUUAAAAAAACUAGAAAAAACGCCUAUAAACGGAAGACGCGUGAGUUGCAAUACGCGGAGUUCAACUGUAUAUAUAUAUAUAUAUAUAUUUUUUUUUUUCAAAAUAAUGCUUACAAUCAUCGCUCGGUAGUAAAGUGUCCGUAGCUUCUUUAUAGCGACAGACUUAAAAGCAAACAUCCUGAAUUCCGCUUUCUUCGGUCUCAGCUCCUUCAUUACUUCAUUUAACGGCAGGCUCUGCUUGAAAAUCAUUUGCAUCAAAUUUUGAAUUUGUGUUGAACUUUUUUCGCCAUUUCAAGUAGAAGGAAACAAAAAGGGAGCGCAGAUAUGACGAUACUUAAAGUGCAGUUAUCUCGUUCUUUCUGCCACAGCACGAGUAUGCAGGAAGUACAAAACGACUAAGUUUAGUUUAUUGCUCGGAAGGCAGAGAAAAACGAGUGCUCGUUUAUAUUUUGCUUCGAGAGUUCUUUUGCUUCUUAGUUCUACUGAGUUUCAAGUACACGAGUAUUUGUUGAAUACAGCUCUUCAAUUUGUAUCGUGACUAUUGUGUUCGUGUUGACGUAUGUAUGUGUUAUGCUUUUGUAUUUAAAUUUUACUUGUAUGAGUGUUAUUAGUUUUAGAAACCGAAUUUACAUGUCACAUAUGUAUGUAUUUGCACACUCACUGGUAUUUUCGAAAUUUUCUUUUCAUCUGAAAAAAUAUGUAUUUGUGGUUAUAGAUUUUUUUAUUUUGUUUCAUCUUUUUUUUUCAAAGCUAAGCGCAUGUAAAUGGCAUUUCAACUUUAAAAUGAAUAAACUUAAACUGCCCUGACAUAUCCCUAUUUGUAAAAAGUCACAGUAAGAAACAAAACCAAACUAGGUUUCAAAGUAACUUUUAUUCCGUUGUAUUGCUAAUUAAAUUACGACGAAAUAUUUUAAUAUUAACACCAAACUCGACGUUUAACUGAUGUGCAACAGAUUAGUUUAGAAAUUCUUUUAAGCGAAAUCAAAUACUUUACUUAGCAAUACAAUGAGAUUUAAAACAUAUUUUGUUGCCCUCUUAAGCACUUGUAACCAGUACAGUACAGCGAAGCAACCAUUCCAGGAGCUACACUAUUUUUUUUUUCUUAUUGUACAAUAUCGUUUCUCGAAUACGCUUACAGUAGUUUAGUAAAAUAUUUUAGUAAUAUGAAAACCGUUAUACCUACUUAUAUAUACAUACAUACAUAGAAAAGACACAUGCAAUGAAAGUGACUGAGUUCAAAUGAAAAGAAGUUACAUUAGUUUGCUUAAUAACAUUCGUGACUUGACAGAUAAGAAAAUUCGCUUUAUUUCGUGUGAGGUGGGAAAAAUGUAACUUUGAGACGUAGACAUUUUUUCUUAGACCAAACAGUGGGUAAUAAAUAUGAUGCGGAUACGACUUACAGUUCAUCAGUUUUA